AUGGCUUUAGAUCUCAGAAAAUCACUUUCCCGUGAACCUUCCUCAAACAACCUCGAAGUAGAAAACCUGGCGUUUAAUUUAAACCAAGAUUCAGCAGUCAGAGAAAGAGAGACUUCGGAGUUCUCAGGCCUUGAGCUCAACUCACUUCAAAACAGCCAAAAUCCAAGUGCAAGGGCGGAAAUACAAAGACUCUGUGAGACGUUUCACUCAUGGCUGCAGACACGGAAGCGUAGCAAGGAUGAGAUUGUGGCUCAGCUAGCCGUGGAGCAGUUUAUGCUCAGUGGCCACUGCAGGGACAAGGCUAUGCUGAGGAGGAGAUGGGAGUCGAGUGGGAAAGAGCUCGAGAAAUUCAUGGAAGACCUUCCUGAUGACUGUAUGAAGCCAGCUGAGUUGAUUCAAGUGCGCAUGCAGGGAGAAGAAGCUCUUUUUGCUGAGGACAUGCCCUUAAAAGAAGUUAUUGCUCAUCUCACAAGACAGUUGUCAGCAAAAUCCUUAACAGGAGAGAAUAUUGGACCAACCUUCCAGGCUUCCCAGAAUGCUCCUUUGGAAGCAAGACAAGGAAGAGAAAAUAAAGAAGAUAGAGGCACAAAUUCCUGGAAAGUGGCUGAUGUAAAGGACAAUAGUCCAAAUCCAGAAAAAGAAAUAGGUUCCCAACUCAUGAUCCCUGAAGAGAGUGGUCACAGGCCUGAAGGGGCAGGUCUUUCCUGUGAGAAUGCACACCCAUCCAGAGGAACAAGGCCAGUCAUGUGUGGGUUGCAGGAAGAGCCCCAGAAGAGUCCUAGUUACCAAGAUGUUCCAAUGGAUAUGGGACAAGGAUUUUCCUCUAGGCCAGACCUGUCCUCUCCUGAGCCUGUCUCUAAUCAUCACAGAAAUGAAGGACACUCUUACAGAGAUUUCCAUGUCUCUGUAGAUGAGGCACAAAGAUAUUCCACCAGGUCACAAGGAUCAUCUCCUGAAUCUGUCCUGAACUACCAUGAAGCAAACUCUGACCAAGAUGUUUCUGCAGAAGAGCAACCCCGUUCUUCCUCCAUGUCAGAUAAGUCCUCCCCUGAGGCUGUCCAGAACAUCAUCAAUGAAGUGAAUACUUCCCAAAAUGUAUCCAUGGAAGGGAGAUCAAGAUCAUCCUCUAGGUCAGACCAGUCCUCUCCUGAACCUCUCACUACACACCACAGCAAUGAGGGCAAUCCCAUCUGUCAGGGAUCUCAAGAAGGAGUCACUAGAUUCUCUAAACCAUACCGAUGUGAGGAAUGCCCAGAGACUUUUAGGUAUCCUUCCCUUUUACAAGCCCACCAAAGAAGACAUAAGAAUGAGAGGCCAUUUGUUUGUACCGAGUGUAAGAAAGGGUUCUUCCAGAGAUCAGAUCUACGGGUGCAUCAGAUGAUUCACAAGACAGAGAAGCCAUUUACUUGUGCCACAUGUGAAAUAUCUUUUACACACAAAAGCAACCUGCGAGUUCACCAGAGAAUACAUACAGGAGAGAAGCCCUAUAAAUGCCCCUUUUGUGACAGAAGCUUCCGCCAGUCUUCCACAUAUUAUCGUCACAAGAAAAUGCAUGAGAAAUCUGGAUCGCAAAAUGUUCCCUCCACAUCAGAAUCUUCCCCUGCAGCCACUGAGACUACAAUGGACACAAAUCCAUAUUGA